AUGGAUAAUGAGAGGCAGGAAGACCUACGGAGGCCAUUUGGGCAAUUUGGUCCUCUUAAGGACAUUUACUUGCCAAAAGACUAUUAUUCUGGGGAGCCACGGGGCUUUGGUUUUGUCCAAUAUGUAGAUCCUGCCGAUGCUGCAGAAGCUAAAUAUCAGAUGGAUGGGCAGAUUCUUCUGGGCCGGCAGCUGACGGUUGUAUUUGCUGAGGAGAACAGGAAGAAGCCAUCUGAUAUGAGAGCUAGGGAUCGUGGGAGGGGGGGUAGAUAUGACCGAAGGCGGUCUCCUGCUCGUUAUUCUCGAUCUCCACCACCGCGUAAUGCAAGAUCACGAUCCCGCAGUCUUGACUACUACUCCCCGCCUCCAAAGAGGAGACAGUACUCAAGGUCUAUUUCACCUCGAGGACAUGAAAGGUCACACUCGCAGCAUAGUCGAGAGAGGUCAUAUUCGCGUUCUCCAGGAAGGGAUCAUUCUCCACCACCCUUUGAUGACUUGAGGGAUCGCAGCCGAAGUCCUGUAAGGGGGCGUUCUGCAGUUGGGGAUCGAAGCCGAAGCCGAAGCCCAUAUCCUGUGGAAUACUCAAGGGAACCAGUCAGAGAUGAGUCCCCUAGUCAGUGA